CGACUGCAGCGGAGCCGGAGUCUGCGUCUUGGCAGCAGCAGCGGCGGCGGAGGCUGAGGAUGGAGCUUGUCGGCGGGCGGCGGGACCCGGAUGUGGCCAGAAAGCAGUUUCUGGACCUGCCUUGGGAAGAUGUCCUCAUUCCCCACAUUCUCUCAUUUCUCCCUCUGAGGCAACUCUUGAGCCUGCAGAGAGUCAGCAAGGCAUUCCAGUCUCUCAUUCAGCUUUAUCUCACCAACAUGCGCUGCUUUGAUUCGAGCCAGGUUGGAGCUCACAUUCCAAAAGCUGCAUUCUGUAUUCUGCUGAAAGAUAAUGAGGUGCUGCAACAACUUUCCGUGCAGAACUGUUCUGGCUGGCUAUCUGACAAGGAGCUGCUUCCUAUUAUUGGCCAAAACCACCACUUGCAACAAAUUGACUUGAAUGGCUGCACACAGCUGAGCAGGCAUGCUCUGGUGGCCAUUUCCCUGAGCUGCCCUAAUUUACGCCGGCUCUCUCUGGCCCAUUGUGAGUGGGUGGACAGUCUCUCUUUGCGGAGCCUGGCUGACCAUUGUAAGGAGCUUGAAUCCCUGGAUCUUACAGCCUGCCGGCAGCUGAAAGAUGAAGCCAUCUGCUACCUUGCCCAGAGGUGCCACAAACUGAAAUCCCUCUCAUUGGCUGUUAAUGCAAAUGUUGGCGAUGCAGCAGUAGAGGAGGUUGCCAAAGCUUGUCCUGAGCUGGAGAACCUUGAUCUUACAGGCUGCCUGCGGGUCAAGAACAACGGCAUUAGGACUGUGGCAGAAUAUUGCCCAAAGCUACGGGCUUUGAAGGUGAAGCACUGUCAUGACGUGGUGGAAUCUAGCCUAAGCAUAUUGCGCAAUCGUGGUGUGGAGCUAGAUGUGGAAUUUCCACUGCAGCGCGCCCUAGUUCACUUGCAGGAUGUUGUGGGCUUUGCGCCUUUUAUUAAUCUUCAGAUCUAAUGAGAGUACAAUUCAGUGAUGCUUGGGGACUGUAUCUAGAACUCAGAACUUCUGUUGAAAAGCUCAAAAGGCAGAGGGUUCCAGUUCAAUCGCUGUAUUGGGCUACAAAGACUCCUUGUAGGAGACUGUGUGUGUUGCAAAAACAAACUGAGUUGCAUUAUGGUGGACAGAGUGUGACUACUAUCUGCAUGAAGAUGCAUUCUGGUUAAUUGCUAAUAUAAUAUAUAUGACUAGGAAUGGGUGCUGAGUUUGUUACUGUUGAAGUGGAAGCAAACCACAAACAGUUGCAUAGGUGCUAAUGCUGUUUUAUUCAAUUUUAUGUGGGUUUCCACAGAUAAAGGCAAAUCACUUUGGAGAAAAUUGUAGAAAUUCAAUCUGAAGCACAUCUCAUUAGUUUGUUAGCAGGCAAUGUUUGUUUGAAUUGUCUGCUUUGGAUUGAGAGCUGGAGUUUGCCUGCUGAAACUUCCUACAGUGUUGAAAAACGUUAUUUUAUUUAUUCCUACAAUUCCCUGUUUUUGUGUGUAGGGCUGAAGCAUAGAUAUUCAUGCAUACUAGAGCAUUGAAAGAUUUCAGCCCUCAAUGUUGUCGUCCUUUUAACAGUACAAGAAACACACUUCUGUGUUGUUGUGUGUUUUGUGUCAUGUGUUUCCAUGUGUGAGCUGCAGACCUUUUCCGUCUCCAAAAAUAAGUCCAUUUGAGGUAGAAGAACAUUACUUAGCAAGUACAAUUACAGGUUACUACAGCUAGAUAUUGUCAGAACUAAGCACUUCUGAAAUAUUAUACUAUAUCGUGUCUGAGCAAAGCUAAUGGAACUAGUAUUCAAAGUGCAGGAAAUCAACUGGAUUCUAAAAUCCUAAAUCUGGUUCUCAACGUGUGGGUCUCCAGAUGUUUUGGCCUUCAACUCCCAGAAAUCCUAACAGUUGGUAAACUGGCUGGGAUUUCUGGGAGUUGUAGGCCAAAACACCUGGGGACUCACAGGUUGAGAACCACUGUCCUAAAGGGAAGCACAGUAACAGAUGUUAAUGUCACUUUCUAGUAGAUGAACACGAUCACAUCAUGUACACCUUUAAACACUGUAUGUACUUAUUAUGAAACAAGUAACCCCUUAUGAAGAAGAGGACAUAGACUCAAAAAGUUUUAAUAGUAGCAGCAUCUACCUUAAUCACUGUAGAUCCUGUCUCUGUAUACGAGAGGCCAGGCUGAAAUUAUGUUUCCACCUGGAAAGCUCCAUCUCACAGAGUAGUAAGACAUUGUCCUAGCUGUUGGCCAUUAGUGAGUGAAUUAAAUGGUGCAAUUAAUUCCCAGAAAAGAGACAUGGAAUGGACCCAUCUAGCUGCCAGUGGCAUCUAGACUGCAGCUUGAUGUUGUCAUGAAAUCCUUAUAUUGUUUACUUUUGCUCCUAGCAACCAUAUCUCUUCCACAGCCCUACUGAUAGUGAAUGCAAAAUGAUCUCAAAAUUAUUGGCUACUGCAGAUUAUAUAAUUUUACCCCCAUUCUUACAAAUUGUGGAAGUCCAAACCAAAAGUGACUUCCAUUCAGUCCUAGGUUAUUAUUUGUGCAGAAUUGUGGUCUGUCAGGAAGAAAAAAACUCAACUGUUGUUGCUUAUGCUGAACUAAAAGCUCCAGAGCAUUCUUGCACUGGACACUAAGAUAGCUGAACUACUCUUCCUCUACCUGCACGUAGGGAAUUCAGCUGUGGUAGUGGUACUUUAUAGAUCCGGACAGGACCAGGAGAAUCAUCCAGGCCAAUCCCCUGUUAUGCAGGAUUACACAAUUGAAGCACUCUAUAUAGUUGGCUGUCCAACUUCUGUUUAAAAAACAGCCAAAAAGGAGGUCCAACAUCUUCCAAGAUUAUUAAAAAGCUAUCAGUCAAGAAGUGUCUUUGGUUAGAUAGCAUUGGUUUUCUUCUAAUUUGAAUCCAUUUAUUCAUAUUCUAGUCUCUGGAGCAGAAAACAAGCUUGCACCAUCAUCUACAUAACAUCCUUUCAGGAAUUUCAAGCUGGCUAUUAUAGCAUUCCUCGAUAUUUUCUAAUCUAGAUACACCAGCUUCCUGAAUUGUUCUUCAUAAGGCUUGCUUUCCAGACCUUUUACAAUCUUGGUUUCUCUCAUCUAGACAUAUUCCAGGUUAUCUCUGUUGAACUGUGGUUCCCAGAAGUGCACGGUAUUCCAGUGUGUCCUUAUUUAUUCAAAAGACUAUGUAUCCCAUGUGAAUUUUUCUUUGGCAAGAAUACAAAUAUACUUCAGAUAAUGAAUUCAGAGACAUAGCUUGAUCAGUAUUCUGAGGGCUCUUGUAGCACCUUGGAGACUUCUGUUUGUUUGCUUUUGAAAUAUUAGACUGCUUCCUAACUACUCAA